AUGAAAAGAUUGAACAACUCUUUGCGUGUGGUGAAUAAUUAUUGUCUUGCUCAUUCUUCAUUAAAGUCUUCGAGUCAACAACAAUUUUAUCAAGGAGCCAUUGCUUGUUUAUGCACCACCAACAACAAUAUUUCCAUCAGACAAGGAACAACAACAUUAUCCAUCAAUUCCCUUUUAAAUUCUCAUCAAACAUUUAAUUUCCACACUAGAAAUAUAAAUCUUUCCGAACACAAAUCAUCCACUACAACUGUUCAAUCAAAUAAUACUAUUCAACAUGUUUCCGACUAUAUGAAACGAAAAUUGACAUCAUGUGUAAAACCAGAUUAUAUUCCACAAAUUGAUGAAGCUGUCAAACAUUUCGAAAAACUAGAUUUUUCAUCAUCACUUAAAUCCUUACAACAAUUGAACGAAUCAGUUUUCAAUGAGGAAAAGAACUUUUUCACUGAAGCAAUGCAAAAUAUUAGAAUGAUUUAUCAAUAUGUUAAUUUUAUGGAACAAACUUAUUCUCAAGUUGAUGGUGUCCAUCAAAUUCCACUCUUUUCUUCUAUAUUAACAGAGGAUGCUGUUAACAAUGACUAUGUCAAGUAUGAAGAGGCCACAAAAGAACUCGAAAAUUUAAUCAAAUCAUCUCCACAAAAUACUGCUGAAAUGGUCACAACAAGAAGAAAACUUGCCUGGAUUAAAUUCCAUCAAAACUAUCUCUUGAAUGGUAUUAAUGAUUUGAAGGAAGCUCUCUCAAUUGCUAGAAAUAUUCAUGGUAAGACAUCUGUUGAGGCAUGUUAUUGCUAUGCAGAUUUGGCAACUUUCUAUGUGUGUAGUGACAAUGUUUCAGCUGCUGAAAAGUGUGCCAAGAUUGUCAUUUCAUUACUUUCAAACAAGCAUGAUAAGACUCCAUAUAUGGAAGAAAAGAUUGCCAUGUCCAUGUGUGCUCUCUCAGAAUCUCUCAGAGAAACCAAUCAAGAAGAAUCUAUCAAGAUUAACACAAGUGCUAUCAAAAUCAUUGAAAAAAUCUAUGGUAGAAGAAAUAAGAAAUGGAUUGAUUGUAUCUAUACUUUGAUUACUAAUUAUGAUUCCAUUGCAGCAGACAUGAAAGAUAAGAAUUCUAAUAAUAAUGAAUUUAUUCAAAAAGGAAAUACUCUAUUCCAAUUAGUUGGUGACUUGUUGGAUAAGAAUGCCUUUACAAAUACCCUCCUUCUUCCACUCAGACAAAGUACUGUCGAUGAAGACAGCUAUGAGGACGAUUUAUUAUUGAAAAUGUACAGAAGAAGAAAGUAUCCACUCCCUCUUGCAACUCAUGCCCUUUUUGGAGCUGCUAGAGUUGUUCUCAGUGGAGAGGAACCAGAAAAAUCAAUUGACCUCUAUGAAAAGGCUCUCUUCUAUCUCUCAAAGGAAUAUGCUGAAGAUGAAUUUUUAAUUGAAAAGGAAUUUGCAUGCUCACAACUUGCCUGUAUUUAUGCCUUAAUGAAUAAGAAUGAAAAAGGUGAAGCUCUCUUGACUGCCUGUAUUGGCAGAAUUGGAAAGGCUUUGGGUACUGACAAUAGAUUCUAUCAAGAUAUUGCCAGUUAUGAAGCUCUUAUGGGAGUAAAUCCAAAUAAUGUUGGUGAAGGAUUGGGUAUUCCAGGAUUGGAUGCUCUCAUGGGUCAAAAUGGAGGUAAAUCAACAGACGAUAUAAGGAAAGAAUUGGAAAAGUUUGGAUUUGAUGUAGAUAGUCUCACCUCAAUGAUGGAACAAACUUUAAAGAGUGGCGGUGGAAAGAAUAUGAAUGAAAAGGAUAUGUUUGCUGCUUUGGCCAGUCAAAUGGCUCAACAAGCAAAGGCUGCACAAUCUAAACCUCCUCAAUCAAAGGCUUCUCCUCAACCAACAACUCCAAAACCAUCCACAACUAGUCAAUCUAAACCAACUCCAAAAAAGUCAAAUAAAAAAUAA